UGUUUGUGUAUGUGUGUGUCUGUGUGUGCUCUGCCGUCUCUAGCUGCCUGAUUAUCUGCUCAAGUCAGAAGCCCCCCCCAGAAGGGCCCCUGCCCCAGCUGUUUUCUGGGAAGUUGUGACGCUGAAGGCAGGAUGGCUCAAAGCAUGGUGACUGUGAAUGGGGUCGACGUGAACUCUAUACUGUCCCAGCCCACCCACAUCAACAUCCACAUCCACCAGGAAUCGUUUUUGACACAACUGCUAAAAGUUGGGGGCUCCCUGAAGGAGUUCUUCAUUGGCCCUCGGGACACUAGCCCUCCCAUGACCAGGAUAAACUAUGGGCCACUGGCAGGAGGGGUGACCCAGAUAUUGCUGGGGGCUGUGAGCUGUGCCUUUGGAGUGUUUUUGUACUUUGGGCCCUGGACUGAGCUGUGUGGUUCAGGCUGCGCCUUCUGGGCAGGGUCUGUGGCUAUUAUAGCAGGAGUUGGGACCAUUGUCCAUGAGAAGCAGCGGAGCAUACUUUCAAGUCGGGUGUCAGGCCUGCUCACCCUGGCUGGCAUUGGCACAGCCGUGGCUGCCGUUGUCCUCUGUGUGAAGAGCAUAACUUGGGAGAGUGACGACCUCUUGAGCUCCCUGUGUGAUCACCCAGCCCCUCCCACCACAACCACUGAUUACAGAUGGAGGCGGAGAAGCUACCGAAACUCAGAUUGGUGGGAGGAUCCGUGUAAGAUCUCUAUGGAGUUACUGAAGAACUUGUUCCUAGGAAUCCGUAUUCUGCUCCUGGCUGUCUGUACCCUACAGGUCAUUGUAUCCUUGGCUUCCCUGGGCCUGGGCCUUCGAAGCUUGUGUGGCCAGAGCUCCCAGCCCAUGGGUGAGGAAGAAACCGAGAGUCAGGGGGAGAAUUCAGUGCCGACCUCUCCCUCCAAGGAGAAGACCACGUCUGCCAUGGUUCAGUGAGUGGCCAGAGACCCCGCCUGGACCCCCGUUGUCCCUCCAGAGUAUCUCAGGGCCUGUGGAGACCACUGUGCACUCUCCCAGGGCCCCUCACUGCCCUGUCCCUCAUACUUGUCUCUCCUUAGACCGCUGUCCAGCCCCUCUUCCUUUCCUCACCAUCCUCACCCCAGUGCCCUUAAUUCAGUGAAGGCUGAUUAAAUAGAAACAAUAAUAACAAAUACUUUAAAACAACAA